AAAUCAUUUUUUCACACGAUUCCCAAAAAAAAAUGGCUCUAGUUCAAUCCACAGCUCUUGCUAACUUCAACGUCCGGUUAUCGCCGGUUCUAUCCACACUCCACGCUCCGUCGUCUCUCUUCCUCCGGAGGGAAAUUCGUCCUUUAACCUCUCCGUUGUCAUCCUCCUCCUCCACCGCCGGGAGCUUGUCCUUCUCGCCGCUGACGCAUCAGCGGAAGCCUCCUCUCUGCCCUCCGCCUCGCGGCAAGUUUGUUAGAGAAGAUUAUCUUGUGAGGAAACUGUCAGCUGAAGAACUUCAGGAGGUGGUGAAAGGAGAGAGGAAGGUGCCGCUCAUUGUUGAUUUUUAUGCCACAUGGUGUGGACCUUGUAUCUUGAUGGCUCAGGAACUCGAAAUGCUUGCAGUAGAGUAUGAGAGCAAUGCAAUGAUUGUGAAAGUUGAUACAGAUGAUGAGUACGAGUUUGCACGCGACAUGCAGGUUAGGGGAUUACCUACAUUGUUAUUCAUCAGUCCUGACCCAAGCAAAGAUGCAAUCAGGACAGAAGGGCUAAUUCCAAUACAGAUGAUGCGAGAUAUCAUCGACAACGACAUGUGAAAGUCUUCUUGUCCUGAAGAACACACACUUUCUUGCUUUAGGAUUUGAAUAGUUGUUAUUUGGCUUUUUUUGAGGAUGCGGUGAGAAGAAUGUCAUCUAGUUUCAUUAGAAAAAUGUAAACGAGAUGAAUGUAUUAUGUAAUCUUAGAAUUUAUAUAUAUAUGCAGUGUUAGUUUCGGCACUA